AUGCGGUGCAAGCUGGGAACAGAGCAGCGGAUGGAGCGAGGAGGCGCCGCUCCUGUGCUCUGGAGAGUCCCUGGAGCUGGUCUGUUCUACGGAAUCCAGUGGGGCCAGGAGGGGCAUGCCCGGCAGCCCCCGGCCGGCCCGGCAGCAUGGUUUGUCCAGCACGAUGCUGCUCAGCUCUACCUCACGUUCUGGAACCUUCUUAAGGAUCAAAUAGAUGAUGUGGACUUGGUAGAGAGGCUGCAGGCCCUGUACACGAUCCGGGUGAAGGAGUCCCUGGUUUGCCUCCUCUGUACCAGAGAGAGCAGUAGGAACAGCAGUAUGCUGACCCUCUCCCUCCCUCUCUAUGACGUGGACGCAAAGCCUCUGCAAACACUGGAGGAGGCCCUGCGCUGUUUUUUCCACCCCAGGGAGUUAGCCAGCAAGAGCAAGUGGUUCUGCGAGGCCUGCGGGACGAAGACGCGUGGAAGCCAGGUCUUGAGGAUGACGCAUCUGCCCCAAACCCUGACCCUUCACCUGAUGCGAUUCUCCAUUCGGAACUCACAGACGGAGAAAGUCUGCCACUUGCUGCACUUCCCUCAGCGCUUGGAUCUCAGUCAGGUUCUUCUGGCUGAGCAUCAAGACUUCACUGAGGACGCAGAGCAGCGUGAAGCACAGUAUGAACUCUUCGCUGUGAUAGCCCACGUAGGCAUGGCAGACUUCGGUCAUUACUGUGCCUACAUUCGGAAUCCAGCGGAUGGAAGAUGGCUCUGCUUCAAUGACUCCAAUGUUUGUUGGGUGUCCUGGGAAGACGUCCAGUGUACCUAUGGAAAUCAUCACUACCGCUGGCAGGAAACUGCAUAUCUUCUGGUUUACAUGAAGAUUAGAGGUUAAUGGAUAUACUCUAAACCUUCAGAGACUGACAAAUUCAUUUCUUUUCCUGUCAUUGGAUCU